CUCGAUCUCCUUCUCCUUUUCUCCAUUCUUCCUCUUCUUUUUAUUUGAAUUUGUCCUUCAACUUUUCAUGAGAUGCUGUGUAUUUCCCCCAUCUUUAUGCUUUUUUUUAUUACUGCACAUCACACCAAUUUACGCAGAUUUGCUCUUAUAUUAUGAAGAAAGCAGCAUGUACGUGAGGAAUCGAUAUAGUUGGUGUGUGUCAGUAAGCAAUAUCAAGGACAUUUAUGUUCAUUUUUUUCUACCUUACUGAAAAAAAUAUGAAACCAUAUAUAUAUUCAUGCCCAUGCACAUACAGCCUCCAUUAUAUUCAGAAGACACACUGGCUUACUAGUGGCAGUUCUGUUUCAAAUCAUAUAAAGUGUGAUCAAACCAUCAGUUUGCCGUAAAGCCAACCUCGUGUUCAUUGGAGCAGUUGACCUGACCCUGUCAAGAUGGACAUCUUGAAUGUUUCGGAAAUUUCUACGGGAUCCUCGGAUCUGGACAUGAGUGAAGAUAUCCCCAAAGACACACCAGGGCCAGAGUUUAGUGUCGCCUUCCUAGCUCUGAUCGUUUUCUCUGGACUGACUGUCACCACCAAUAGUCUCAUCCUGGCUGCCUUCUACGUCGAGAAGAAACUGCGGACAUACACCAACUGCUACAUCUUCAACAUGACUAUUGCAGAUUUGGUCGUGGGACUAUUCUGCAUGCCCAUACUUUCUACGAUCCAUCUCUUCAACGGUUGGCCCUUUGGGAAGGUGGCGAGCAUUCUGUUCAUGGGGUUCCAGAACUCGAUCCUGGCUGUGUCCGUGUGUGGUGUUGUCGUGGUGUGUAUUGAUCGUUAUUUAGCUACGUUCUUUCCCAUCCUGCACUACCAGAGACGGAGUAUCCGCAAGGCUGUGGUGGUCAACAUGCUCACGUGGGUCGCAUCAUUCGGAGUCUGGAUGAUGGUCACGUCCGGUUGGGACUUCAUCAAGCCAACCAACCUUGUCAUCUCCUCUGGCCUCUCCAGACCAAACUACAACCUGACCUACACGGCAAGCCUUCUUGUAUUCUUUCUGAGGUUCGGAUUGCCGUUUCUUCUGAUGACUGGUCUGUACAUCCGAAUUUACUUCCGUGUUAAAAACAUCGGCAGUAAAAACCUCACAAAGUAUUUUAACAGGGAGAGGGGCGUUGAAAAAGGACAUGCAAAAUCCGCUCCCCUGAGAAGGCCUAAAGACAGGCGCCCUCCCAGCCCCGGUGAACUUGAUGGAUCGAAAACCUCAGUGACAUCGAUUGAAGAAACAGCUAUCUCAAGUGUCUCUCUGGAUAUGAUGAGCAAUACAGGAGCGACUAAGGGUGUCGAGAAUCCACAAAUCGGGGACGAAAAGUUUUCAAAUGGAAUUGGAGGCUUGGCCUCCGACGGUCCGACACGAACAUUUAAGACCAUGGCAAGAGACGAGGAAGAUAAUGUGAAGUCUCGGAGCAACGCUAUUUCGAAGGAACCCAAGAAAGAAUCAAGAACCGAAGGACGAAAGGCAAUGCGGACCAUGAGCAUGAUUGUCCUGGUGUUUAUUCUGACCUGGCUACCAACGGCAGUCUCGGUCACCAUGUACGCUCUGGCCCCUGAUUUCUACCGAACCAUCAGUAAGUCCAUCAGGUUAUCUGAGAUAACACGUUGGAUUGCCUUCAGCAACAGCCUGGUGAACCCUUUGGCUUAUGCCAUGGCUCAACCACUCUUCAGGAAAACCAUCAUCAAGAUCCUGCGGCGUUGUGUUAAUAGAAAAUCUCAGAAAUAGUUUGAAGAUAAUUAAGGAGAGCGGGGCGAACAUAGACGCAGUGAAUUGGACCACGUCCUCUAACCUUACAAAAGGUCGCCCCUCCCAGUUUACCGAGG